GGCGUGCGGAACCAAUGGAAAGCGGUGGGGAGUUGGACUUUGGCGUUACCAGGAAGAGGCUGGAGACUGACUUCCGCUUCCGGCGGCUGAGGCACGAGGAUCUGGUGUUGCGACAGCGGGAGAAUGCGGCCUUUGACUGAAGAAGAGACCCGUGUCAUGUUUGAGAAGAUAGCAAGAUACAUUGGGGAGAAUCUUCAGCUGCUGGUCGACAGGCCCGACGGCACCUACUGUUUCAGGCUGCACAACGACCGGGUGUACUACGUGAGUGAAAAGAUCUUGAAGUUGGCUGCCAACAUCUCUAGUGACAAACUGGUGUCUCUGGGGACCUGCUUCGGAAAAUUCACCAAGACUCACAAAUUCCGGUUGCACAUCACAGCUCUGGAUUACCUUGCGCCCUAUGCCAAGUACAAAGUGUGGAUAAAGUCUGGAGCAGAGCAGUCCUUCUUGUAUGGGAACCAUGUAUUAAAAUCUGGACUGGGUCGAAUCACUGAAAAUACUUCUCAAUACCAGGGAGUGGUGGUAUAUUCCAUGGCAGACAUCCCUUUGGGUUUUGGGGUGGCAGCAAAGUCUACACAAGACUGCAGGAAAGUAGACCCCAUGGCGAUUGUGGUAUUUCAUCAAGCAGACAUUGGGGAAUAUGUACGACAUGAAGAGACAUUGACUUAAAACGGAAUCUUCGCAAGAACUUAUGGCUGUGUGAAAGGGCCUAGCUUUGUUUCCAGUGUCUGUGUAGGCUCCACCAACAUGUUGAAUUUUGUUUACACUGUGACCUCUCCAGGGACUUCUUAGUUUAAUAUUCUUUCUAUUAUGGACAAAUGCAGGCUGGAUCUUAUUAAGCAGAAAUGGGUCAAAAAUGGAGUUUCAGAUGUUUGUGUUUGUUACAAAACAGAAUAUUGUGUCUUAUAUUUUAAUCAGAGGGCUUAUUUUUAGUGAAAGGUUCUAAGUCAUUGGAAUUGAGAACAAGAAUAGCUUAUAAUUGUUAUUUGUGAUAACACUGUUUUCUAAACCCAUGAUGAGAACGCAACAGGUUUUCUGACUUAUUAUUACUAUAAAAGAUAGGUAUUGCUGUAUCGGAAUAGUAUGCUAUGUCUGGGAUUUUACAAAUGAAAUUUGGAUAAAAUACUGAGAGAGCAAUUUAUUCUGCUUAUUUUCCUCAUGGUUGGUGCUCUGUGGUGUGAAGGAACACUUGAAUUCUAAACCUAGUUCCAAUACCUACCAGCUCUAUGAUACUUUAGAUGAAUUAUUAAGCUUUAAUGAGCUUGAUUUUCUUCUUUGUCAAAAAACAGCUUUAACCAUCUACUGAAAAAUGGUUUUUAGAAUUAGAAAUGAUUGUAAAGUACCUAGCACAGUGCCUGGCAAGUGACAGGUGUUAAAUAAAUGGUAAGAAUUAUUUUUAUGUUGCAUAUACUCGGUGUUUCUGCUACUAGAGUAUGAUCUAAUGAGUAUAAUUGGAUUAUAUUGUUUUGGUUUUUCCAAGCUGCUUUCUCAAUCUUUUUUCUGAAUGGUGUGAUCUCAGGUUGAAUGUUACUUUUAUCACCUUUGUUUCCUAAAACAUUUUUCCUAUGAACCUUUUACUUACCUUACUAGACAGACAAAAAGCAUUAAUCAGAGACCCUGAAAUAGUUUAUCUCCUUAAUUCUUCCCCAUGCUUCCCAAAAUUAUUUUUAGAAUUAUUAAAAUAUUUUUCAAAUGAGAAACAUUUCACCGAGAAAUAUUUUUAAAACUACCUGUAUUGUAAAACAAUUUCUCUAAUGAAUAUACUGUUUAUUUUACAUUUCAGUGGUUACAUCUCUAAAAAUAAAACAUUUUUUAACUACAAAAAACAUUCUACCAACUCCUCUGUUUUUGUAAGCAACAUAUAAAACCCAUAUAAAAACUGAGUUUUACGGUGUAUCUCACUGGCUGAGCAUAGACCCAUGCACCAAGAGGUCGCCGGUUCAACUCCAGGUCAGGGCACAUGCCCAGG